AUGACAACCGACGUUUUCAAAUUAAAAAGCUUACCAAUUGAAGUUUUGCUAGACCUCCAACUUUUCGGAGUGAGUCCCUUUACAAUGAUGCUUGUAGACAAGUAUUUUCUUAAUUUAUUUGCAAGAGAGAUUUACACAAGGGUUCAUUGUAUUAUGAAUGUUGACUUUACAGCAUUUGACCAAACAAAAUAUCGUGGACCUGACUACCUUACUGAAGAGCAGAAAUAUGAGCAAGAAGUGGGGAGCUCGGUUGAAAUGUUGCCAGUCUCAAGAUCUAUAUGUGUUAAAGGUGUGACAUUGCUUACUUCUGAGAAAAACAUUUUGGAUUUUUUCAACGGUGUUUUGAUGAAAGGUUUCAUGAUGAAGAAGUAUAUCAGGAAAAUCACAUUUGAUUCAUUAGUUAUUGAAAAUUCCGAUUUUUUGGAUUUGCGAAGUGAUUUUUUCAUAAGGAACAGAGACAAUAUUAUAAUUAGUCCGUUCUUUUCACAAGUGAGAUAUUCCGUGACAGCAUUAGCAUUGCAAUAUUAUGCACCAAACCAUAAGAUUCAAGAAUGUGAUUUGAAUCGUUUGAAAACUAGAACAGAAAGCAGUGAAAUUGAGCCAACAACUUCAGAAGUGACGUUUCAUUCAGGUGCUUUGGAUUGUGAUUCCCGUUCUAGAUCUUCAAGACAGUUUGGUGUUACGAUGCAGAUAUGUAAUAACUUUAGUGAUGGUUCAAGACAUUCUUGUGAUCCUUUUGAAAAUCCUGACAAAGCUUUUGAUGGUGUCAGUAUACAUGAAGAUGAGUUUGUACAACAAAAGGAUGGAACUUAUAACUUGGAAAAUGGGUUUGUGGAAAGAAAUGAAGCUAUUGCUGGGAAUAUCGAUUUAGUUGAUCCUUGUUUAAAAUCAAGAAGUUCAUUGUAUAAAAUAUUGACAACUGCGAUUGUUGGGAUGCAAUCCGUGGGUCCAAAUUGUGAAGCUGAGUUUUGUGGAUAUGUUUCAAAAACUGCUGAUUCUGCUUAUUACAAUGAUACUUAUGUUAUCACUUACAAUAAAAUGAAGCUUCUUGGUUUUAAAAUUGGUCCCCAAGAUAGAGAAUAUUUGGAUGCUCAAAAUGCCAGACCACUAGUUGAAUGGGAGGAUUGAAAUGUCCUAGUUCAAGUUGGAUGUAUGGUUGAUCGGUUCAUAGCUAAUGU